UUACCUGUGUGAACACCUGUCAGUCAUCAGUCAGAGGUAUGUUACCUGUGUGAACACCUGUGUGGAGCUUGCUGAUAGAAAUAAAUGUCUUGUGUUGCAGGUAAGGCAAUGAGGAAAUGGGUGGAGUCGAUAACUAAGAUCAUCCAGAGGAAGAAGCAGGUUCAGGUGAGCGUGCCCAGUCACAGCAUAACCUUCCAGAACUCUCCUCCUCCCAUCGAGUGGCACACCUGUAAGCCAGGAAACACUGAGCAGUUCGACCUCAUGACGCUUCAUCCCAUCGAGAUCGGCCGGCAGCUUACCCUGCUCGAGUCUGACUUCUACAGGGCGGUGCAGCCGUCUGAGCUGGUUGGCAGCGUCUGGACCAAAGAAGACAAAGAGAUUCACUCCCCCAACCUGCUGAGGAUGAUACGACACACCACCAACCUCACACUCUGGUUUGAAAAGUGUAUGGUAGAAACCGAGAACUUGGAGGAACGGGUUGCCGUCGUUUCACGGAUCAUCGAGAUCCUGCAAGUUUUUCAGGAGCUCAACAAUUUUAACGGAGUUCUGGAGGUCGUCAGUGCCAUGAACUCAUCUCCGGUCUACAGACUGGACCACACCUUCGAGCAAAUUCCGAGUCGACAGAGAAAGAUCCUGGAGGAAGCUCAUGAGCUGAGUGAAGAUCAUUACAAGAAGUAUUUGGCCAAACUGCGCUCCAUCAACCCCCCCUGUGUCCCCUUCUUUGGAAUCUACCUGACCAACAUCCUGAAGACGGAGGAGGGAAACCCCGACUUCCUGCGCAGACACGGCAAAGAUCUGAUCAACUUCAGCAAGAGGAGGAAAGUUGCCGAAAUCACCGGCGAGAUCCAACAGUACCAGAACCAACCGUACUGUCUGAGAGUGGAGAACGACAUCAGGAAGUUCUUCGAGAACCUGAACCCGAUGGAGGACAUGUCAGAGAAAGACUUCGCCGAUCACCUGUUCAACAAAUCUCUGGAAAUAGAACCUCGAAACGCCCGAUCGUUGCCUCGAUUUGUGAAGAAGUACAGCUGUCCUCUGAAGUCUCCGGGGAUCCGUCCAACCUCAGCGAGGCCUGGGACCAUGCGGCACCCGACGCCGCUGCAGAACGAGCCCAGAAAGAUCAGUUACAGCCGCAUCCCCGACAGUGAGGCCGAGGGGGGGGCUAUCUCGGCCCCCAAUUCCCCCCGCACCCCCCUGACUCCGCCCCCUGCCUCCGCCACCUCCAGCUCCACAGACGUUGGCAGUGUGUUUGACUCGCCGCAAGGUCCCAGCAGCCCCUUUCACUCCAGGUCCUCCUCGGUCUCCUCCAUGGUGAGUUUCAGUCGUGGUUCCGAGGACGUUCCUGUUCCUCCUCCUGUUCCUCCUCGCAGACGUCCAGAGUCGGCUCCUGCUGACUCCUCCCCCUCCAAG